UUGCAUUAAAGUAAAACUUGGCUGCUGUGAAUAGAGCUUGUUAACAUGAAACUCACUGGAGUUGUCUGCAUCCAGGAGCACUAUGGAGCAAUUUUCAACAUGGAGGAGAAAUUGUUAUAUGUGUCUGGUAAUAGAAGACAGUAUUUCACUGACAGAAAACUUACACUGAGUGGGGUAGCAACACCCUGGCGCCAAACCUCUAACUCCAAAGUGAAUGGAAAUGCUGGAGCACUGAGUGAAAAAAGAAUGAGAGCAGUGGUGACAGGAGGCGGAGGCUAUUUUGGAUACAAGCUGGGAUGUGCUCUUGCCAACGCAGGAGCUUCUGUUGUUCUGUAUGACAUACACAAGCCUGUCUGGGAAAUUCCCAAUGGAGUAGUGUGUAUCCAGGCAGAUGUAAGGGAUUACGAUGCCAUAUUUGCAGCCUUUGAAGGGGCUGACUGUGUGUUUCAUGUAGCUUCAUAUGGAAUGUCAGGAAGAGAGCAAUUGCAUAGAGAAGAGAUUGAAACUGUGAACAUUCAUGGAACAAGAUUCAUCAUUGAUGCCUGCAAACAAAGGAACAUCGCUAGAUUGAUAUACACCAGUACAGUAAAUGUGGUGUUUGGAGGGCUUCCUAUUGAAGAUGGUGAUGAGGAAACUGUGCCAUAUUUUCCAGUUGAAAAGCAUGUUGAUCAUUAUUCCAGAACCAAAUCAAUUGCAGAACAAAUGGUACUAGCAGCUAAUGGAACUCCACUAGCAGGAGGUGGAAUACUUUAUACGUGUGUUCUUCGCCCACCAGGAAUCUAUGGACCACAAGAGCAAAGACACUUGCCAAGGCUAGCAAAGAAUAUUGAGAGAGGGCUACUUAGCUUCAAGUUUGGAGAUCCUUCUGCUAAAAUGAACUGGGUGCAUGCAGAGAAUCUUGUACAAGCUCAAAUCCUAGCUGCUGAAGCUCUCACUCCUGAAAAGAACUACAUAGCUAGUGGCCAGGUGUAUUUCAUUAAUGAUGGCGAAAAAUUCAACCUUUUUGAAUGGUUAACUCCACUUUUUGAAAGAUUAGGUUGCAGUAAACCACGGAUACGUAUUCCUACUUCCUUAGUUUAUGCAUCAGCCAUGAUAAUGGAAUACCUUCAUCUGAUGCUGAAGCCAUUUGUUGAACUGUCCCCACUGCUGACCAGAAAUGAGGUACAGAACAUUUCUAUAACUCAUACGUUUCGAAUAGACAAGGCCCGGAGUCAGCUGGGGUACAGCCCAGAGAAGUUUGCAUUUGCUGAUUCUGUGGACCAUUACAUUAAAACAAGACCAGAAGCCCAGAAUCAUCACAGCUUCCUCAAAGUGUUGCUUUCUUUAAUUUUUAGUUUAAGUUUGAUCUUUCUUUCUUUAAGUUUUGAUGGCCUCUCAGUUUUGCAUUUUUUUAAAGAAACACAACACUGA